AUGGAUUCAGGCAAGAAAACAGUAGAAACAGCAAGUCCUCUGAUGAUUUUCAGAAGAGCUGUUCAGAAAUCUCCAGAGAGAAAUGCUGGAAGAGAUGUUCUUCCAAAGGAUCCAGUCAUGGUUGAUAUGAAAGAGUUCUUGGGCAUAGUGAGUUGCCCCAUAUUUUGCAAGGACUGCAUAAUUCCGAAACUUGAAGAGUUUAAAACCAAACGCUGUCCAGUAUGCAAAAAAGUCCUAGGUCCCUCUCCUGAAAAAUAUCUAAGACCUGAUAAGCAACUGCAAGGUAUUAUAGAUGAAGUUAUCAAGGCUGCGAAAAGAGCUGCAGGAACCAAAACAUCACAAGCUGAGAACACGAAGCUGGAAAUUGCUGAGUCCAGCGCACAGGCUACAAAACCAUUGCUGGAGAAUGUAGGUUUUCCAGAGGAAAUCGGAGAAAAUUUUGCUAAAGAUACUGAAGAUGCAGGGAAAAAAGGUAAAAAACCUAAGGGAAAGAAGAAGAAUAAACGACGAAUGAAAGAAAAAGCUCGUCAAGUAUCAUCUAGCCAAGAAAAAGGCAAAGGGAAGGUGGAACCUACUAAUGUUGAAGAAGAAAAUUCAGAGGACAAAUCAUCUGGAAUUGAGGGAAAUGCUGGUGUUAGAGAACUACUUUUCGAUGUGGCACAAAAGACAACUCGAUCCUUUUGGGUUUCUUUUAUUCCCCAAGAAGACGAGUAA